UGAAGAAGAAACGAGCGUCCUUGCAAUGGGUUUGCUCCGAUGGCUGCUGGUGGCUGGCCAUCUGCUGCUUGCUCUAGCAGCCACUGAAACUGCCGCCACCACCGCUGCACCCCACACUGGCACCGACUCGCACGGAGUCGACACCAGCCACGACAGCCAUGCAGUUCAUAGCCACCCUCAUGUGGCCCUGCUGUUCCCCUUCGUUUCGAUGCUCCUAGGCAUCAUGCUGACUCACCUGGGCUCUCGGUGGUCAUUCCUGGCGUCCAUCCCAUAUACAGUUUCGUUACUGAUCGUGGGUGUCUUCCUGGGCCUUUUUCAUGUGGAGACCUCCGGUGGCCUGGGCACCCUCUCGGAGAGCAUGACUUUGUGGAUGGCCAUCGACCCACACCUCCUUCUUUUUGGGUUCCUGCCCGUCUUGCUCUUUGGCGACGCCAUGUCCAUUGUUUGGCACGACUUCCAGCGGACGGCUGCACAAUGUGCGAUCUUGGCAGGACCAGGGGUGCUCAUUGGCACUGCCCUGAUGUUCGUUGUCGCAAAGUUCAUAUUUCCAUACGGCUGGACGGCCUACGAGUGCGCGGCCUUCGGCUCCGUGCUGGCCGCCACGGAUCCGGUGGCCGUGGUGGGCCUUCUCAAGGAGAUGGGCGCGAGCCGUGUGCUCACCAUGCAGAUCGCCGGGGAGUCCUUGCUCAAUGAUGGGGUCGCCAUCGUCGUGUGGCUUGUUUUCUACGACUUCAUGAAAGGAGAAGAGGCGGGCGCCGGCAUCAUCCUCGUCCGCUUCCUGCAGCUGGCGGCGGGCGGCAUCCUCUUCGGGGCGGUCUGCGGCCUGAUCGGGGCCCGAUGGAUGUCCUUGGCUUCCGACCGCCUCGUCCACACGGACUCCCUCGUGCAGGUGGCCCUAACCAUCACCAUUGCCUACAUUAGCUUCUUCGUGGGCGAGAAUGAGCUCAAGGUGAGCGGAGUGCUCGCCACCAUCUUCGCGGCCUUGAUGAUCAGCAAAUACGCCACGCCUUUGGUGGUGCACAAGGACGGUCUGGGGGCCGUGUGGCACGCCAUGGAGUAUUUCGGGAAUACGGUGCUCUUCACGCUCUGCGGAGUCUUCUCCUAUGAGUCCUGCAAGAAGGUGGAGUGGGCGGAUUUCGGGUGGCUGAUCAUGCUGUAUCUCCUCGCCACCAUGGCGCGGGGCCUCAUGAUCGGCAUGCUCUGGCCUUUGGUCAACUUCGCGGGCGGCUCAGACGUGACGCGCACUACGUGGAAGGAGUGUCUGGUGAUGACUUGGGGCGGCCUGAGGGGCGCCGUGGGCCUCGCGCUGGCGCUGUCCAUGCGGAACCUGCUGAUUCAGCAGGGCAAGGAAUACACCGCCAACCUCAUGGUCUUCUUCGUCUCGGGCUUCGCCACCCUGACGCUGCUGGUGAACGCCACCACCUGCUCCGCGCUGCUGCAGGCGCUGGAGCUCACCAAGCCGCCGGAGGCGCAGAUCGUGAUCCUGUCGACCUUGCGCAAGCUCCUGGUCUCGAUCUCCAAGAAGGCCUUCACAGACUCGCUGGCGCAAGAUGGGCGCUUCAAGGCGGUGCAAGCGGCUGAGCUGGACUCACUGCUCGAGCACUUGGAGUCGGAGCACCAUGACGGCAAACAUCGCGACCACCACGAGGAGGACAGCCUCAGCAACAUGGCGGCCAUCAAUCUCGAAGGUGCCAACGAAGACCAGGAAGCGAUCGAUCAGCUCCAAGUGGCGCUGGAGGAGGAGGAGCUGAAACAAGAGCCAGCUGCGGAGACAGGCACCACGCCACAGGCGGCUGAGGGGGAGGAGAAGGCCAAGUCCAAGGAGCAUUGGUGGUGGGGAUUCGAGGAGGUGCAGCCGGCCCAGAUCCAGAAGGGCGGCCCCAGCUCGGUCUUUGAGAAGCGCUUCGGCUUCGCGGUCCGAGGCACUCACCAGGAGCGCGUGGUGUACCGGAAGCUGUACCUCUCGAUGUUGCGCGCGGAGUACAUCCGCCUCAUGGACUGCGGUAUGCUGCCUAUCCGCGCGGAAGGCGCUGAGCUGCUGCUGGGCUCCGUGGACGCGGCGGACGACUUCGCGGCGCUGGGCUUGAGCGAUUGGAAGAUCCUCCAGCCGCAGCUUCUGAAGCGCAGAGGCAGCAUUCUGGUGAAGGUCCGUGAGAUGCUGUCGCCCUACUUUGCGUUUGCACCCGUCACGGUGAGUGGGGGCCUUUCCUUCGACCUCUUCACCGUGGUGGCCUUUAUCGAUGCGCACCACACAGUGUGUCAUCGCCUGAUGAAGAGCGACGGCCUCUCGGGGGACGCGCGCGAGGAUGUCAUUAACGAAGCCUGUGCGGAAUUGGAAUCGGCACACACGAUGCUCAAGGACAAUCACAUUGGUGCGCCGCAGAUCAGCAAGGUGCGCACCAUGCAGCUGGCCACGAUGCUGUUCGAGGUGCAGAAGGACCAAGUCAUGCGCUGGCAGCAGCAAGGCGUGAUCUCAGACAAAGAGACGGAGGAGUUGCUGCACAACGUCAAGCAUGGCCUGGACCACUCCGAGGAGACUUUGAAGAAGAAGGUGUUGAAUAAGAUUGCCAAGGCCCGUGAGACGAUGAUGGGGAAGCGGCUGCUGGUGGACACAGAGUGAGCGGAGCGUGAGACAUGCGACUUGCGACUCGCGUCGCAACCGAACGUGCGGGAAGAAGCAAGAAAACAGACGCUCGAUUUUGAUUUCGGGGAGAGGAAAAGGGACACCCGCGCCAGUUUCGGAGGAGCACGCUAUGAAUCGGACGACGCUGCCAUGAAGAAAACUCAGGUCAGGGCUCCCUACAUUUCCCCUGGCGGUGGC